AUGAUACAGUUCAACUACAAGGACGAGAUUGUCUCGUCGCCAACAGUCAUUGUUUCGGGCAGAGUCAGCACUUCUGACCGUGGAGUGAUCCAAUUCGUCAACAACGAUAAUAGUGUUUUUCCAGCACAGAAUUUCGAGGUCAAUAAUUCGCAAUUCAAGGCUCUUCUCCAUGUUUCUCCGAACGAGCCUAAUCAUUUCAGAGUGAGCUUCUGGGGUGGCGCAAGAAUAUCCAACACAGGCGUCCCCACAGGAAUGCUGCGCUUGAUGGAGGAAGGCAGCCUCACUCUAUACUAUUAUCCGUUGCCGGAUAAUAAACCAGUGCAUUUGUGCGUUGUUAUGGGUCGAGACUCGACAGGAGAGUACGACAUGCCCAAAUACAAAUUGCACCGAGGCGAGAGAGCCAAUUUAGACACAGCGGUUCAGAGACUAAAAGUGGCUGGUCGCAUGAUGCAGGCUUUCACUCAGGACGAGUUCCACCGCUUGGGGUUGAGCAACCGCUCGUUUCAAUUGGUGGAAGAAACCACGACUUCCCAGCAGCUAUUUGGCGAGAACAGAAAUGUGCCCGCUGCCCAUAGCGAAGUGAAAAUACAUGUUCUCCAGUCUCCAAAAAGCGUUGCGGAACUAAGAGAUCCGGACUUGGCGCAGCAGAACCCGAAAGCGAAGAACAACGGCGGCCUCUUUUCGCAUGCCAUCGACCUCAUCAAAGCCAGUGACUUGAUCAAGCCAUACCAGAAGAACAACACGCCUAUCCAGUGUGCAGUCAUGUACUUGGACUCGACAUGGGACGGCAAACUUAUUACAACCCAUGCAGCGCUAGGAGGCGGCACGGGCGACGUCAAAUUGGCCAUAUUCGGGUCGCACGGCCUUCAUUCAUUUCCCUUGACGUUCCCUCAGAUGAGUCCCGCGUUUAUGGAUGACACUGUGCUUUCAAUCAGAGAAGUGGCCAACGAUGCCAAGCAGUGUGGCACCGCGUGGGAAUGUUUGAACAUAUGCAUGGGUGCGUUCAUGCACGAAAUUGGACAUCUGUUGGGCUCGCCCCACCAGGUGAAUGGUGUGAUGCUCCGUGACUACAUCUGGUGGAACCGCCUGUUCAUGACCCGUGAAGCACGAUGUAUCAGAGACGGAAGUCCGGGGUCAGUCAUCGGCCAUGACGGCAGCUUCCCAAAACAGUGCCAUUGGAACAUCUUAGAUAUCAUGCGCUACUUCUACCACGGAUCAUUCUCAAUUCCUACCGACUUGAACGAUCCCACUUUUCCCAAACAAGCUUCCACGCUUAUGAAGCCCCCUGCGGGCGGGGCUGUGCCUUCCAUGUACGUGACUUCUUCGGGUCUGGUUGUUGUGAAGUCAUCGUCUGGCAUAUUUAUGGUCGAGCUAGUUGGAGAGGACUUGGCCCGUCAUCACAUCAAGUUCUAUCCCCAAUGCUAUGGUGGAAGUGGCCCUUUGCCCGAAGUGGUGCUCAACUUCGAGGAGUGUUUGCGUGAAUUCCGCAAAGGCUUCAAAAACUCAGCAGACAAUUUCGACGUGCGGGUCUUAUCUGUGACUGGUGAUCUCUGGUUGCCCAAUUUUAAGUCUCGUUGCUACCUCUCGCUGGACUCGAUGAUUGAGCACGACUUUAACUUGGGAAGAGGCCCAGUCAAAGGCACGAAAAGCGAGUUGCUUGGCUCCAGCAAAGGCCUGAUGCGCUUUGUAGGCUUUGACUCCGCGAGGGUCUACAAAGUGCGUGUAUACCACGGAGGCGCUUUGGACGGAAUGUCAUUUUAUUACCACGGGAACAGAUUUGAGUCGGAGACGGAGAAACCUCCCCCACUCCCCAAAAGAAGUGGAUGGAAAACGCUAUUUGACGGCUCGGCACAAAAACCGAUGACGGCACCGAACCACUUCACCUCCGGUGAAGUUACUAUCGGGAACCAAACACGUAAUUUCACUGACUUCGCUAUUCCAGACAACGAGCGGAUUGUCAAGUUAUCUUUCCGGAACGGCCAGUGGAUUGACGCGGUGCAGAUCGAAACAGAUCGAGGGACUUGCUCGCCCAUGCUUGGUAAUGCCAAAGGUGGACAUCUUUCAGUUUUAGAACCCCCAACGCCGCAACAUUCCAUUGUGGGGUUGUACGGGUACACAGGCAGGUGGAUGGAUGGAAUCGGAAUCUUGUAUGCUCAGCUUUAG